GCGGCGCAACGAUGCAGCGACCAUCCAUGAAGUCACCACGAUCCUUGGCAUUCGGCUGGGGUGGUCUCCUUCUUACCGCAGGCUUGAGCUUUUACUACGUCAAGAAGACUAUACUAGAACGCAGGAAGCAACAUAUAAUAGACGACAGAGAUUCAGUGAGGAGACCUGACGAUCAAGGCCAUAUCAGUAAAAAUCCUGCACAAGACAGGUAGCCAUACCUUCAUCAUCAACGUGAUCGACAGUCUGUUCCAAGUGACCCGGUCAACAUCAUUAUCCCAUUGCUCCAAGGCAGUCUUCAACAAGACAAUGAAGACUAUCACGCAAUAGUGGAUCUUCCAUUGUAAACAUUGGGACGAGGUUCCUUGAAAAACAUGUUUAUAUCGUAAUCCGGAUGGCAUGACAUAUUAUCUGCGAUUCUGCAGCUUUUGUGUGCCGCUGGCAUCUCUGUUGUGUAUGGAGAAUAAUGUCGUUUCUCAUGGUCCUUCCAGAUCGACCGAUGGCAACAUGUCGCUCUCUUUGAUCGAGAGUAUAGUCAAUGUAAUGAUUGACCUUUGGAAUCAAUGAAGGCUUGAAGGACGAUCUAACUCAUGCAUAUGAAGCGUCAUUGUACACCCUAUGCCAUCGUCGUUAAGUUCUAGCAAACUACAACCCCGGUCUAGUAUAAGAGUCCUCAUUUCUCGACAAACUUCUGAACUCCCUGCCAAAGCAGGAACCAGAACACAGUUAAUACACAAACCAUGGCCCAGAUACCCGAAACAUUAGCUGAACAUGAUUUGCGUUUAUUCGGUCCACCGAGGGGCGGAAGGACUCUCGUUUUUGGCACGUUGUUGGUGGGCUCAAGUAUUCUGCUCUUC